GUUCGGUGGACGGAAUUGGCGGGAGAAUAAGAUUGGAGCCCGGGAGUUGAUGCUGCCCCGACUUCUUAAGGUUCAUGGAUGCGGGAAUAAAGUGAGGAUUCUUGUUCUCCCAAAAGCAAAACCUAGGCAGUGGCACUGUGGGGAUAGAAGAUAUCCUGGGAGGAAGCAUAUUUGGCUUGUGCUUGAGGAAACUGGUGACCUCAGAUGGCUCCUGUGAAGAUCAGCCACGUCGUCUCAUUUUCUUCUCAGGAUCCCAAGUAUCCUGUGGAGAACUUGCUGAACCCAGACAGUCACAAGGGACCUUGGCUCAGCUGUCCUCAGGACAAGAGUGGACAACUGAAGGCAGAGCUUCAGCUGGAGAGGGUGGUACCCAUAAGUUACAUCGAUGUCGGUAACUGUGGCUGUGCUUUCCUACAGAUUGACGUGGGCCGUUCUUCCUGGCCUCCAGACAGACCUUUUGUCACCCUUCUCCCUGCAACCAUGCUGAUGUCCCCCGCUGAGGCAAAGGAGGAGAAGAACCGCUCUGGAGUCCGGAUGUUCAGAGCGGAUGAUUUCCUGGCUCCAGCCUCAGGAGAAUCAUGGGAUCGGCUUCGACUGACCUGCUCCCAGCCUUUCACACGCCGUCAGUCCUUUGGCCUGGCCUUCCUCCGGGUGCGUUCCCCUGUGGACCCAUCCGCUGAACCUGUGAUUGAUCCCUUAGCCCCCGGAGGCUCUGGGCUGAACUGGAGCUCUUCUGAUGCGCUGGAGUCUGACCCUAGGCCCUGGCUGACUAAUCCUUCUAUCCGAAGGACGUUCUUCCCAGAGCCCCACCCGAGCCCUGAAGACACCCCAGAGCUCAAGGGUCUGCUGAGACAGUUGCAGCCAGGGCCUCCGGGCCGGGCAGCCCGCAUGCUGCUUUCUGCUGCCCAGAAGGCACCUGCAGCCAGUGUGGUAAGCCCAAAGCACAGCCAUGGGGAACCAGGUCCCAGCCAUCCAGAGAGUGCAGAGCCCAGAGCGGAAGAGCAAAACAGGACGAACAGUGUGGGCAGAAGGAAGAGGCAGAAAUUGCAGGACCGAAGAUCAUUGUCCAACUCAAGUUCUCAGCCAAAUCGGAAGGGGGCAGUAAGAGCAAGGCAAAGACAGCACCGACCUCAGACCGGAAACCACAAUGGUGUCCGGGCCACUGGACAGUGUCCCAUUUGUACGGGCUCCUUCAGCAUCGAGACUCUUCCCUUACAUGCCGCCACUUGUGGAGAGAGCUCCCCACCCCAGCCAGCCUCUCCCUCCUCGUCCUCCUCGACAUUGGUGCUGUGCGUGUCCUCCCCAGAAAGCUCCCCACCGUCUUCCUGGGUCCAGUGCCCUAUUUGCGGUUUACAGUUCUUAGCAGGAGAAAUAGAAGAACAUGCCAGCCUAUGUGGGGAGGUUUUUCCAGCCUGAGCCAUGGAGUUCUGUUGACCUGUUAUGCUGGAACCUAGGGAAUAGGUCUCUUGUGGCUAAGAAGAGUCGGUUCCCCUCCCUUCACCUGUUACCUAGAACUCUGCCUGCCUGAGGACACAUCUGGACCCAGCUUGAUCCUCAUUCCCAGUUGUCACGGCUUUGUCACUAUGGUACCCAGUUCUCAUAAGGACAGUGUCCCCUUGGAACUUCUUUGGUGGAAUUGGUAAUCUCUCCAAGGCCUCAGGACACCAGCUAGAGUGUGUUUCCCUCGGUGAAUGGUACUUAUCUUCACACCCAUUUUUCUGAAAGCAAAACUGAGGCUUAGAAGGAAAAUGUGGCCUGGAAAUAAUAAAGUCCCAUGAGCGGAUCUCUGUGAGUUCGAGACCAGCCUGGU